AUGGGUUCUCCUUGGCCGUUUGCUGCUUGGGGCAUGAAUGUUAUUAGGCCCAUAGAGCCUCCUGCGUCUAAUGGACACAGUUUUAUCUUGGUCGCUAUUGAUUACUUCACAAAGUGGGUCGAAGCCUCGACACAUAAGGCCGUAACCAAGAAGGUGGUAGUAGAUUUUGUUCGCAACAACUUAGUCUGCCGAUUUGGAAUUCCAGAAUCAAUCAUAACAGAUAAUGGAGGCAAUCUUAAUAGCAACCUGAUGAAAGAGAUUUACAAAAGGUUUAAGAUCUCUUAUCGAAAUUCCACGGUGUAUCGACCAAAAAUGAAUGGAGCAGUUGAAGCUGUAAAUAAAAAUAUUAAGAGGAUUUUGAGGAAGAUAGUGGACAGUAAUAGGGAAUGGCAUGAGAAGUUACCAUAUGCUUUACUUGGAUAUUGCACCACAAUCAGAACUUCUACUGGGGCAACUCCCUACAUGUUGGUUUAUGGGUCGGAAGUAGUGAUACCUGCAGAAGUAGAGAUACCUUCAUUGAGAGUCAUUCAGGAGGUUGAUCUAGACGACGUUGAAUGGAUUCGUAGCAGGAUCGAGCAGUUGAUGCUCAUUGACGAGAAAUGA